AAAAUUUCAUGAGCUGAUGUUGGCUGAGUGUCCCACAGCCCCUGACUUCCCAGGACUUUCCGGUGUCUUCGUAGAUUCCUGGGUCAGGCCAAGUCCUUCAUGCUGCUGAUUUUCUGGCAAAACGAAGCUGAGUUCCGCCCGUCAGCUCUACUCAAAGGCUCCUCAUGCUCACCCGAAUCCUGAGGAAAUCCAGACGACAUGGCUGCUGACGUGAAUUUCUGUCAGAAGUCCCAGAGACUGGGAACAGAGGAGCAGGAUGGGUCAUGUGAGAGGUUGGUGUCCUUUGAGGAUGUGACUGUGGACUUCAGCCAGGAGGAGUGGCAGCACCUGGACUCUGCCCAGAGAUGCCUGUACCAGGAGGUGAUGCUGGAGAUCUACAGCCACCUCUUGGCAGUGGGCUAUCCCAGGCCAGAGGCCAUCCUCCAGAUGAAGAACAGAAAGGACGCACGACUGGGGAAGAUUGAUUUCCCACAUCAGAGGUGUGGUCAAGGGCAGUCAGAGCAUGACUCGCCACAGCAGAUUUGUGUGACCGCCGCCUUUCCAAGGGACGCAUCAAGAGUAAUCACCAGAGGUGGUUCUUACUGUUCCACUAUGGAGGAACUGUGGCAGGGUGGUGACCCUCAAAAGACAGAUCAGCAAAACCAGAUCCCACCCUCGAGUCCUGGUGCUUUCUUCAGCCAGAAAGCCGUAAUCACAGACAACUGUGGUGGAUGCGAAGCAGCCGGGGGAUCCAUUCCUUUAGGCCCCCACCUCAUCUCUACACAAAAGAGAUCUCCGCGACGUUGCCCGUGUGAGAAGGCGUUGCAGCCUAACCUGCAAGCAGACAGUGAGCAUCAAAGCAGCGCCACAAAGCUCGGCGUUGUGGACUCUUGUCCGUUCUGCACACAAGGCCUUUCCAGUGCUGUGUGUACAGCUCACAGCACAGGAGACAGAGCAUGCACAGGUAACCAGUGUGCCAACGUUCUCAGCCCUAGGUCACCACUUAGGCAGCAUGGAAUUCUUUCUCAGGACGAGCCAGUUGAGUAUACCAAAGAUGAGAAGGCCUUCACUGCCGGGUCAGCUUCGUGUCAGCAGCAAACAACGAACACGCUAGACUUAGAGACACAUUUUAUUUGCCACAGAUGUGGAAGAUCCUUUCUUCAGAAAUCCGAGUUGAGUUUUCAUCUAGGAACAAACAGAGAGGAGACAUGUUAUGAAUGUCCUGACUGUCUGAAAUCACUUACUACCCGUCCAUCCAGCCUGCAGGCGCAUCAUGAAGCUCACACAAAGCAGAAACCUUACACCUGCCACGACUGCGGGAAGUCAUUCAGUUAUGCCUCCCACCUGAAGGUCCAUCUUCGAAUACACACGGGUGAGAGGCCUUAUGUGUGUUCUGACUGUGGGAAGGCCUUUAGCCAGAAGUCAGUCCUCACCACACAUCAGAGAAUCCACACUGGGGAGAAGCCUUACGCAUGUAGCCACUGUGGGAAAUUGUUUGUCUAUGCGUCGGAUCUGAGGAAGCACAGUCGGUUUCACACAGGAGAGAAGCCUUACGAGUGCAGAGACUGCGGGAAGGUAUUCAGUAAUAAAUCUCACCUGCCCGUGCAUCGCCGGAUCCACACUGGUGAGAAGCCCUACAAAUGCCGUGACUGUGGGAAGUCGUUCAGAAGAAAGUCCCACCUUCAAGUGCAUGGCCGAACACACACAGGUGAGAAGCCUUAUGCAUGCCCUGACUGUGGGAAGGCCUUCAGCCACAGUUCAGUUCUCAGCACACAUCAGAGAAUCCACACUGGGGAGAGGCCUUACGUAUGCAGCGACUGUGGGAAGGCCAUGUCUUCUAAAGCUCAACUGAGUGAGCAUCAAAGAGUCCACACAGGUGAGAAACCCUUCGUGUGCGUUGAAUGUGGGAAGGCUUUCGGCGGCAGAUCUUCCUUACAAGUACACCGCAGAACUCACAGCGGUGAAAAGCCAUUCGUCUGUCACAAAUGUGGGAAGGGCUUCCUGCGCAAGUCACAGUUGUCGUCUCACCAACAAACUCACCCUGGUGAGAAUCCUUAGGAGCUCGGUGCGAGCGUGUGCAAUCAUUGGGUCAUAUGUACCAGCUGAAGGAACAUCAUCGCACCGAAACAGAAGAAAAUGUCCUCGACUGGGAAAGUUUUCAACAGCCGAAGGCUCGUCUUUCAUUCUGUGCCGAGAAACCUAAGGUGGGUUUCAAACACAAGUCAUAUUUCAGUAGACCCAGUAGACCUGAUACUAUAGAUAUUGAUCAUGUGAAAGGCUUUACCACAAAGUCAAUUCCUUAUCCAUGUUUUUAAUUUAAAUAAAGAGACCUAAUUAUAGCUA